CGCUCCUGCGGCAUAUGGAGGUUCCCAGGCUAGGGGUCAAAUUGGAGCUGUACCCACUAGCCUACACCAGAGCCACAGCAACUCAGAAUCCGAGCCAAGUCUGCAACCUACACCACAGCUCAUGGCAACACUGGAUCCUUAACCCACUGAGCAAGGCCAGGGAUCGAAUCUGCAACCUCAUGGUUCCUAGUCGGAUUCGUUAACCACUGAGCCACGAUGGGAACUCCAAUAUAUGCAUUUACAUUUUAGGUAUAAGGCAGGAAAAACAAAUAUAUGGACAUAUAAGGACAAAAAAUAAUAUUUUUAACCUGCCUAUGAGGAAAAUAAAUGCAUUUAUGGAGAGAUAGGAAGUGAGAAGUGAGUGGUCCCUGGUAAUGGUUGGUAGGGAAAUUUGAAUUCAUUUUGGGAUAUUAAAAGGGAGAUAAUGGCAAAGAUUGAGGCAAUCAAGUUAGACAUACUUACAGAAGGGAUUUGUUUGUCUGUUUUUUAAUUGUAAAUAGCCUUUUUUUUUUUUUGUCUUUUUGCCAUUUCUUGGGCUGCUCCCACAGCACAUGGAGGUUCCCAGGCUAGGGGUCUAAUCGGAGCUGUAGCUGCCAGCCUACGCCAGAGCCACAGCAACGCAGAAUCCGAGACACGUCUGCGACCCACAUCACAGCUCACGGCAACGCCGGAUCGUCAACCCACUGAGCAAGGGCAGGGAUCGAACCCGCAACCUCAUGGUUCCCAGUCGGAUUCAUUAACCACUGUGCCACCACGGGAACGCCAGCCUUUUCUUUAUUCAGGGUUUUCUGUGACUAGAUAACAUUAUUUACUUGUAUCGCUCUCUGUGCUUUCUUAUAUUCUGUGAUUUCAUCUUUAUAAGACACUUGACUUGAGUUUGCUUUGUUGUUUUUGCCAAGCACUUUUCCUAUUUCCUGUUAAUCAAAGUAGGAGCGAGGCUGAGGUUUUCAUGAGCAAGGAGGCAAAGGCAGAUUUCUUAAAAUGGAGCAAUACAUAGUAUUCUGUGAAGGUGAUGAAAAUAUUCACCAUGGCAACGAAUCUGCUUUACCCAUAAUGCAAAAUGCCCUAUUUGCAUAUGUUUUGCCAGAGAAUUCUGAAAUUAGCGUUCUCUGUGUUAGAGAACAUAGGGGAGGUAAUGUGCUACAUAGAUUGAAAAAAAGAAAGAAAGAAGACUUAGACUUAAUUUUAACCAGAAAUGAAAUUUGGAUGCUUUCCUGAGAUCUCACCAGAAGUUUGAGUAUCACUACUCCUGAACAGAUGAUUGAAAAGGCCAAAGGGGAAACUGCCUAUUUGCCAUGCAGAUUUACCCUGGGUCCAGAAGACCAGGGGCCGCUGGACAUCGAGUGGCUGCUGUCACCAGCUGAUAAUCAGAAGGUGGAUCAAGUGAUUAUUUUAUAUUCUGGAGACAAAAUUUAUGACGACUACUACCAAGAUCUGAAAGGACGAGUACAUUUUACAAGUAAUGAUCUCAAAUCUGGUGAUGCAUCAAUAAAUGUAACAAAUCUACAGUUGUCAGAUAUUGGCACAUAUCAGUGCAAAGUGAAAAAGGCUCCUGGUGUUGGAAAUAAGAAGAUUCAGCUGACAGUUCUUCUUAAGCCUUCAGGUACAAGAUGUUAUGUUGAUGGAUCAGAAGAAAUUGGAAAUGACUUUAAACUAAAAUGUGAACCAAAAGAAGGUUCACUCCCAUUACUAUAUGAAUGGCAGAAAUUGUCCAAUUCACAGAAGCUGCCCACCUUGUGGUUAGCAGAAAUGACUUCACCUGUUAUAUCUGUAAAAAAUGCCUCUACUGAAUACUCUGGGACAUACAGCUGUACCGUGAAAAACAGAGUGGGCUCUGAUCAAUGCCUGCUUCGCCUGGAUGUGGUUCCUCCUUCAAAUAGAGCUGGAACAAUUGCAGGAGCUGUUAUAGGAGUUUUGCUUGCUCUAGUGCUCAUUGGUCUUAUUGUGUUUUGCUGUCAUAAAAAGCGCAGAGAAGAAAAAUACGAAAAAGAAGUGCAUCAUGAUAUCAGGGAAGACGUGCCUCCUCCGAAGAGCAGAACGUCCACUGCCAGAAGCUACCUCGGCAGCAACCACUCGUCCCUGGGAUCCAUGUCUCCUUCCAACAUGGAAGGCUAUUCCAAGACUCAGUAUAACCAGGUACCAAGCGAAGACUUUGAACGCGCUCCUCAGAGUCCAACUCUCCCGCUCGCUAAGGUAGCUGCCCCUAAUCUCAGCCGGAUGGGAGCGGUGCCUGUGAUGAUUCCAGCCCAGAGCAAGGACGGGUCCAUAGUAUAGAGCCUCUGUACCUUCAUCUGUGCUCUCCAUGUUCCUUUUCUCUUCUCAAAGUAUCAACACCUAUUCUGUUCUGAAUUUUGCUACCAGCCUCAAAAUAUAUCAAAAAGAAGUUCACCAGAAACGGUAAAAACUCCAGGUUUUGUGCAGUUAUAUUGAAAUAGUAAAGGCAUUAAAGAAAGUUCUAAGGACAAAUUCACCUUCUAAGUAAUAUAUCCUUUAAGAGCUUGAUUUUAUAGGGUUCUGGGUAUCAAUACUUCAGUCAGAUGUAGCACUUUGAGUGUGAAGUCAUAGGUGAAGAAAGAAAUUGGUGAACUUACAUGCAUACCAAGCUGAUACUUGAAUCAUCUGAAAGUGGUACUUUAUAGUUUCUACCAUUACUUUUAGGUUGCCUUUUUCAAUUAAUUUAUGACCCUGUAAUUCCCCUGCCCCCAAAUUGGUACAGAAAGAUUCAUGACAAAAAUAGUCACAUACAUUUAUGUUGGUUCUUGUUUUUGCUUCAGUGAAAACUCUAAAUGUGUUUAAAGUAUCUCUAAUAAGUAGAAAACACUACAGUGUUCUAGAAACCACUCGUUCUGAGUCAUUCAUAAACCUUGUCUAUGAAAUGACUUAAGUGCUUAAUUGAUAGGUUGCUCUGGGCAGCAGGGACGUAGUAAGCUCCUUUUUUAUGCUAAAAUAAAGGAGCAUCUGUCUGGUCCAUUUGGAAAAUUUGCUGUCAGCUACAUGUAGUGAUGGUAGUAGUGGUGCAAUAGUGAGGGUGGACUUUGUUGCCGAGUGUCUUGAUGCCUUGAGGCCUGUGCAGGUCUUCAGAACCCUGAUUUGCUGUCAAGGAUGUGUAGUGUUUUGCAGUUCUCAACCAAAUGCUGGCCCUCCACUUUAGGCUAUAUUUUUCUAGUAAGAAAAAAGUAUAACUCAUUUAUUAUCUGACAGUUAUAGAAUAUCUGUAACUCCCUAAUUAUUGGUUCUAAAUUAAAAAAAAAAUUUACCCCUGAUUUAGUGGGGGUUUGGGGUGGGGGAGGGUUUUUGUUUUUGUGAUGGUGUUGCAUAGUAUAUGUUCUAGGAAUAUACUCUUAAAUUUGCCAUCUUGAAUGCUGUUCCUGGAGGAUAUUGUCUUCAUAAACUUAGAAUGAUGAAAUACACCCUAAACUAGUAAGUGUCCUCCAUCAGUUCUGUAUUUCAGACUUGGGAGGAUGUACCGUUGCUAUUGUAUGGCCAACACGUCUUGUGUAGUUGCAGAAAAUCAAGUUGAGCUUUGAAAAGUUUGUCUUAGUUUUGUGGAAGUGACUUAAUCUUAAAAAAAAAAAAAAAAAGGAAAGAA